CUCAAUCUCAAUUUUAUCACUCCCAGAGCAAGAGUAUUGACUACCAAAUCAAAUAUUUGGAAUCAACCAAAUUUUCAGGAAUUUCAAAUGGACCAAAACAUUCCGCGCCCCGGGCCUGUUAACCAAAAUAUUCGAACGCACUACUCACGUUGCCACUGCGUGCCCAUCGUGCAGACCGUGUAUGGUAUGAACGAGAUUACAAAGACCCGUGCUUGAAAUGCGUCAGUUGCUCUUGUCACGCCUUCAGAGAUGAAGAGAGAGAUCAAAGAGUGAUAGAUAUGUUAGCAUAUGCUGGCUUCUUAGGGGUAGAGCACAUUGCCCGUAUGAAGGUGGAUCAUAGUUUAAUAAUAGCUUUGGUGGAGAGAUGGAGGUCGGAGACACAUACUUUCCAUCUUCCAUUCGGUGAGGUCGGCAUUAGUCUACAUGAUGUGUCGACCAUCCUUGGUUUGCCCAUUCGGGGUAUGCCCCUCAGUGUUCCAACCGUUAAGGGUAAGGCUCAGUGAAUCGACCUGUGCACGCAGUCGUGUGGUUUCACACCUCUAGAGAGUGAUAUACGCACGAGUGAUAUCACCAUGAGUGCUGUUACCCGUCACCUCAUCGUACCUGAGAGUACAGACCAAGAGGUCACCCAACACACUAGGACCCUAAUAUGGCAAUUGCUUGGAGGGUUUUUGUUCCCUGACACGAGUGGGGCAAGAAUAAGAUUGUACUUGUUAGAGGUCUUGGCUGGUGACUUGGCUUUAGCCUGUCGAUGGAGUUGGGCAUCAGCGGUUCUCGGCUACCUUUACCAUAACUUGUGCAACGGCGCCAAGUGGGAAACCAAACAAGUUGGCGGUUGUAUGCACUUGUUACAGAUUUGGACUUGGUCGAGGAUUUUGAUGGUCCAUCCCUCAGUACUUCAGGUCAUUCAACACGACCAUCUUCCAUAUGGCUGCAGGUAUGUUGCCAAUUACAUCUUAAAUGUAGGUGGGUCGUCCCCAAGUCAUAUAAGGGAUCCACAAGACACUGCAUACGCUUGUACCGGGAUGACCUAGACCGCAUGAGAGAGAUUUGAUUUCACUCCCUACGCAGAGGAGGAACUCCCACCUAUCAUCCUUCAGGACGCUCCGCUUUGGUCGACUAGGGUCAUGCUCAUAUUUUGCAAUAUGGCCGAAUUGCAUUACCCCGAUCGAUUUCUUCGGCAGUUCCAUAUAAGGAAAGAUACUCCAAAUGCUCCUUUGGCGGGUACUGAUCAUCACGAAAAUCGUUCUAACAUAGUAACUGAUGCCUUGGCGAUGUGGGCGGACAUACAACAUAACAUAUACUUUCUUGAUUAUGAUCAACAUAUGUCCGACGAAGCAACUAAGAGGUACCGAAAAUGGUACAAGAAGCAUGGCAUGACACGUGUCCAGAACCCUUCUCACAAUGUGCCCACGACAGGCUACACCCGACAUCACACGAUUGGGGUAUUGUGGUAAGUUUUUUAACACAUUCCAUAUUCAUUAACAUAUUUUGUGGCAUAUUAUUUACACGUGUUACAUUUGUAUGCAGAAGCAAGGCUUUUACGAGGUGAAUCGGCUCUUAGCCGACCGCGCGAGUCAUGAGGACUGUCAAAAACGACUUCAUGAGAUGGGCCUGGCUGUAGGUGAUGAAGAGAUGCUCCGCCGGGGCGUAUUCAAUUAUGAAGAUGAAGAUGAAGAUGAAGGUGGAAGUGACGAAGAGGAUGAUACAGAUGAACAUGAAGGUGGGGGUGAGCACUCACAAUCGCCCCAUCAAUUAUCAACACAGGGGGUCUCAUUUGAUCAACCACCCCCUCAAUUCUCAACGCAUCAAGGUGUCUCAUUUGAUCAACCACCGUCGUAUUAUGAUUCUUAUCAGUACUCCACACAAGCGGGUGAUUAUGUUGAUUCAUUUCUCGAUUCGUCGUUUUACUAUGGAGACACAACGGGGCCUUGGAACACUGGCGGUGGGGACGGAGCAGGGCCGAGCACGCAACGUUAGAUAUAGUAUUAAAUUUAAUAUUGUAUGUACUGUCUAUUCAUUAAUAAAUUACAUUGAAAACUACAAUCCCGUAAAAUCCGGUACUCUUUCUUUUUUCUCAAUAAAAUCCGGUAAAUGUUUCCCCUCAUUUACCCCACUGAUUUUGGUGGUUUGCCUUCCGG